UUUAGUAUUCUGUGCUGCUAACCAGCUAACCUAAUAUAUGGAGGAGACAGUUCAUUACAGUUGUAAUUAUAAAAGUUUUUAUUUCUUCUUGGAGAGUGUCGUGGGGAUAUUAUCAAAGACUUGUAAUCUGUGAUAUUAUCUUUUUAGUCGGGGAAAAAAAGACAAGCUACAUGCUAUCGUGCACAGUAAAGGUAAUACAAACCAAACAGCUCUUGAUUUGUACUUGUACAUGUUUAUUUUCACAAUUAAGAAGUGUUGAAGUCAGAAAUGGAAACAUACUCCAAAAUUUUCCUAGAUGAAAAUCAUGACAGAGUAAAGAUGGAAAUGGGAGGAGGUGAUGAUAGCUGUGAAAAAGGGAACUCAUAUGAAUUGGAUUUUCAGUACACGACUGAUGGGAGUCAUAUGGAGGACAAAAAGAAUGAAAUCAUGGAUAUUGUUCAUCAUUACACUGAUGAGAAUGGAAUAAGAUUGUCUUUCAAAUAUGAAACAGGUGAAUUUGCUUUCAACCAGAAAAGCAAUCUCGAAGUGCAUAUAGAGGCUGUUCAUUUGAAUGAAAGAGAACAUAAAUGUCACUUAUGUGAGUUUGCAGCCAAUCAGAAAAAUAACCUCAAAAUUCAUAUAGAUUCUGUCCAUUUGAAGAUAACAGAAUUCAAAUGUCACUUAUGUGAGUAUGCCGCAAGCAAGAAAGAAACCCUUCAGAAUCAUAUGGAUGCUGUUCAUUUGAAUAAAAGAGAACAUAAAUGUGAGUAUGCUGCAAGCAAGAAAAAUAACCUCAAAAAGCAUAUCUAUUCUGUCCAUUUGAAUAAAAGAGAACAUAAAUGUCACUUGUGUGAUUAUGCAGCCAAUCACAAAACUAACCUCAAAAUGCAUAUAGAUUCUGUCCAUUUGAAUAAAAAAAAACAUAAAUGUCACUUAUGUGAUUAUGCAGCCAACCAAAAAAAUAAUCUCAAAAAGCAUAUAGAUUCUGUUCAUUUGAAUAAAAGAGAACAUAAAUGUCACUCAUGUGAGUAUGCUGCAAGCAGAAAAGGAAUCCUAAAAAUUCAUAUAGAUGCUGUCCAUUUGAAUAAAAAAGAACACAAAUGUUACUUAUGUGAGUUUGCAGCCUAUGAGAAAAAUAAACUCAAAAUUCAUAUGGAUUCUGUCCAUUUGAAUAAAAGAGAACACAAAUGCAAAUGGUGCAACUACGCCACUGUUAAGCGGAAACGUGAGUCGGCCAUAUUCAGAUACCCUUCUAAUAUUCAGUUUUGGGACGUUGUGCUACCUCCAGGGUGUCAAGUCUUGACGGCAAUCAUGGAAAUAUAA